AUGCACGCGCUGUAGAGCCAACUCGCUGCACAAAACCAGCAAAGUCCUUCCACGCGCCAUCAGUUAGCCCGUCCUUCGCUGGCCGUCGUCGUCCUCGUCGUCAUGAUGGGUGGUGGCCUGGUGCCGGCUCGCCUGCGAUCUUCAUCGCUCGUGCUGGUGACUCUGGCGCCACUGGUGGCGCUCGCGGCGGCAGUGGCACCUCCCGACUGGAGCGACGCCCUUGAAAACAUGCAGAGGCGGGGCGGCAGCCUGAACAACCCGAAGCUGCAGUCGUGGCCCCUGCUGUCUCUGAUGCCCCGCCAAGGGGAGCUGGAGUCCCUGCACCUUCGCUCGCGCCAGCGGCCCCACGCCGCCUCGUACAGCGUGGAAGGGGAUGACGAUGGAGGGCUCGACUCGCAAGACGAGUCCCGCCGGGCAAAGCUCAGGGGAAAGGCCUGCUACUUCAAGAUCUGCCCUUUCAACACUCGAGCUCUGUAGGCAGCACCUGGAAAAAUAUAUAACUCAUACACCAUUACGCUUCUUGUGAUGGAAUAAAUCAGGUGCCGUGUGAUCACAGCGCGGCACAGUGAC